AUGCAGUCUACUACUCUCCCUGACUAUUUGAAGAUUCCCUCCGGGUCGAUACCAAGUUUUCACAAACGAGUCGGAGAUCCUAUUGACCAUGGCAAUAUGAGAGCUAGCUCUGGGGGCUUUCCCGUUCCAGGAGAGCAGAACCCGACCUCAACAUCUGUCAUGGCCCAGGAUUACUUUGUCAGUGAGGCCACCUGGACCAACAUUCUUGCCUAUGGCAAGUUCGAUUAUAUUGUGAUUGGGUCUGGUUUUACUGCGCUUGCCUUCAUUACGGAAACGUUAAAGCAUGACGUGAAUAAGCGAAUCUUGUGCAUCGAACGAGGCGAUUUCUGGCUUCCGUCUCACUUCCAAAAUCUCCCCUUGCCAUUCAAAAUGGUACUUGGUGGUCCAUCAGAAACUUUCCCAUGGACCCUUUCGCGAAAGACGUUCAAAACGAAGGAGCUUGGAUUCUGCCACGGCUCUUGCCCCUUUUUCGGCGGUAGAAGUACAUUUUGGUCCGCUUGGAGUCCCAAGCCUGAUAAAAGUCUAAUGAGAGAUUUCCCAGAGGAAUUAAUCAAGACCACGGAAGAAAAAGACUUCUGGUAUUCGGCUAAGAAGCUUCUUAAUGUCACACCAGCAACAAAAAUUGAUGAUAGGGUAUUCUCAGGUUUGCAGGAAGCUAUCGACAAGAUUCUGCAAAAGGAAUUGAGUAAGAUUCCUACAGCCGAUAGUGUGGAGUCGGCGCCCUUAGCCGUAGGUCCUAGGGCUCGUACAUCUUUGAUGCGCUUCAACAAAUUCUCUGUCCCUGGGCCCUUGCUUGCGCAGUAUGAAAACCAACGGGUACUCGCUGAAAAAGAGAAGGGGAUGCCGUUGGAACUAAUGAUCAACUGCACGGCUACCGGGUUGAAAAAAGAUGAUGAUGGUGUGGUUCGUGCCAUUGAAACGAGUCGCGGUGUACUUUCGUGGACUGACGACGAUACAAAAGUAGUCCUCUGUGCCGGCGCGAUUCCUAACGCGACGUUACUUCUCAACUCAUUCUAUAGUUGCCAUCAGACAGUAGGCAAGAGAUUGACAGGUCACUUCCAGUCGCACAUCACAGCGCGCUGUCUAGCUGAUAAUGUUGACUGGAAAUCGAACGGAUUCCUGGAGAUUGCAGCAACAUACCUUGCUGGAAUGGAUCCCAAGACUCAUCGCCAGUACCACGUCCAGAUAACAGCGAUACACAGUCCUAGACCGCAAGAUGAUGCUGACGAUGCCGCACGGGAAUGCCCAGACUAUGCAGCAGCGGCAACAUACGAGCAGCUAAAAGACUCCGAGAACUAUGUUGUCUUUGUCUGUGCAUCGCUUGGAGAAUUAGACGAAAGCAAUAAGGAGAACUUCGUCCGACUGAAUGACUCCAAGGAUCCGUCCUCCAAUGUAACUCUACAGCUGACAUUGACUGAUGACGAUAAAAAGCUCUGGGAUACAAUGGAUAAAGCCACUUUUGAGACUAUCGAGGCUAUGUCUGGCGACUCAGGUAUCGUCGAAUAUUGGGACACCCAUAACGGGAAAUGGAGCACCAAUAAGCCUCCUACGGAAGAUAUUCGUAUUCCCGGCGUGGUACAUGAAGCAAGCACGGCCUUUGUCGGACCAGAAUCAAAAGGUGGCUCGCUCGACAGUUUUUAUCGACCGCACGAAGUCGCCAACGUGUUUGUGACGGGAGCAGCGCUAUUUCCCACAGCAGGAAGCUGGAAUCCGACGCUUACGAUGUGUGGGUUUGCUCAGGAUCUCGCGAGGAAGCUUGGUGAGAACCCUGGCCUGAUACCGCCGUCGAAGAAAGAGGAGGUAAUGCCACUUGGGAGCAAAUCCGGUCCCUAA